AUUUAAAUAAUAUUUUUUUAAAUGUAUACACUUAAAGAGAACUGGAGGGAUCGAAAAUGUUAUAUGAGUGAUGAGAUGGAAACUUGUAAGGAGGAUUACUUCAAGCAUAACGAUUACAAGAAGAUCGACGAGUACAGCUGCGGGCAUUAUUUUCAGUUCAAAAGAUGUGCCGAGAGGAUACUAGAUGAAAAAUGUACAGAGAAAUACAACAUAUACUUAAGCACUUAUCUGUUAGAUAAAGCGGAUGAGUUCAGUUGGAUGUGUUCUGAAGAGGAUACGUAUUUUAAUAAUAGAAACGAUCAAUUGAUGAUUCGGUCCAUAAAGGGUGCGAGGUGCUUGAUUAGGAAUAGAGAAAAGCUUUCCGCGUGCAGAAGAAAUUACGACGAGAAUGAAAAUGUGAUUGAGAGUGAAGAUAUCUUUGCCACUGCUUGCUGUGCCUUUAAGAAGUACGUCUUCUGUAUCGACGACGUCGCAACUACAAACUGUAGAUCCGAAUCUCGAGAAUUAAUCGACAAUGCUUUACAGCGCCUAAACAGGGAUCUUAAUUACAAAUGUAUUAAUUAUGAACUCGACAUGUGUUCGUCUUGUUCUGCUCUAACGUCAUUACUCAGUUUAAUCGUUGGGAUGAUAACUGUGAUGGAAGUGUGCGUGAGACACUGACUUGUGUGAUAUAUUUUUUAUGUAAAAAGUUAAUAAAAACUAUUUUAAACUAAACUAUUUAAAUUAAUUUAUAUAAUCGAUAUCUUUUCGUGAUUUGAAACAGUUCAAGGGAACAGAUACAGCGUGUUGCAGGAUGUCGUGAUCCAAACAAUAACUAAAAUGUGAUCCAGUUCUGGCACUAAAGAUGAUAACCUCGUUUUUUUCUCUUUAUAUCGAGUGUUUCUCGUAUGAAAAAUAAUUUUUUUAAUAUAUUUUUUUUCUAAGUUAUAAACGUACAUAUUAACACUUAUAAAGUUAAUUGGACGAGUGAUCAAUAGGAUUUCUGGUUGAGCAAUGGCGGUUACUUCCUAUUAUAUUCUGUUUUGAAGCGUUCGAGUAUGUCAUUGACAUUCUUCCUCGGGCAAUAAUCUGUUGUCCAGUGUUGCAAACUCAUUAAUUAUCAGUAACACUUAAAACUAAUUUUAUGAUGAUGAAGUUUAGAACCUUCGUACUUCACAAAACUUCAGAUUUGGGUACUCCGAAGAGUUGGAAUCUAUAAUCUAAACGGUUUUAAACCAGUUUCUCUGAAUAAAAUGGAUAUUUUGAAUCCACGAAAGGCUUUCUGUGAGUUAAACGGACAUUUUGGAUCCAUAUUUGUUAGUUCUCCUUCAUACAUUACGAGUGGCUCAACUGGCUCACUGUUCAAAGGAUGUUGCAAUGGCAAAUAUUUAAGUUUUCAUAGUUUCUAAAUAGCGAACGUAAUUUCUCUUUCUCACGAUUUUCCUGUUCAUAGAAAUAUACCCUCCUCUUUUUUGUAAAUUUAGUGGUGAAAUUAAGCUUAUUUUACAUUGUGCCUUGCAUCACUCUUGUUAACCAUUGAAAUGCACUAAGUCAGUGGGCUAGUACUUUAAACCUAGCGUCAUAUCCGCUUGUAUGAACGGAAACAGAGGCUGGUGACCUAAUGGCCAGUGCACGCACUAAAAUUCGGAUAUCCUGAUAGAAAGAGGCAGAAAUGAUAUGCUAUAUCAAACAUGAGUUUGGUUAGGAUCGCCUGGCAUUUAGUACAAGGUAAGAGACCAUAAUUAGAAAUUUCCAAGUUUCAAUAGGUGUAACAUUAUCUUAAAUAUGAAGUGUUUUUUUUUUUUAUAGUUAUAUUUAUAAUAUCCUCGGCUAAUGGAAGCUGUAAGGAAGCACUGUACAGCUGUAAGAGGAUGGUUAAGCCAUUCUUAUACGACCUCAGAUACAUGUUCCCUACGGCCAUCAGAGACGUGGAAGACAUGUGCAAAUUAUGGAGCCGAUUCAUCGAUUGUGUUAGAACUUAUAUGAGCGAGUGCACUAAUCGAUUAAUUAAGUCGAAAUUCAAUGCUGCGGUCGGCGAUACCGUUCGCACAGUUCACGCUAUAUGCAGUUCUAAUAAGUAUCAGAGAGAUUAUCUAGAUCACGCAGUUUGCUUCAAAAGGGUGGCAGCUGCUAAUUGUGGAUCUUACUAUCGUCGAAUGGUCGAACAGGUUACUAAUUCAAGAGCCGAAAAAAAUCACAUUUGUUGCACAUUUAGUCAUUUUCAACAGUGCGUGAACGAUCCUUUACUGCAUCAGUGUGGUAAGCAAGCACACGAAUUAAUGGCCCAUUCAAUGACUUAUCUAAUAUCUCACUGUGGGAAUGCAUUUUAUCCAUUGCAUUACAGAUGCCCAAAAGCGGAUCCGGAGAAUUUAUUAUCUCAAACAUCUACCAAUAAAGUGACAGCCAGCAGGUAUCACGCUACAACUACAUCAAGUACUUGGAUCCCUCGUACAGUCAUAUAUAGUCUGUCUCCAACACAGAGCAGCAGGACAUCUGUAGGUGAUAGUGUCAAACCGGCUAGUGCUCUAUUUAUUUUGCUCGUUUCUUACGUAUCAUACAUCUUUCGUGGGAGAUAAUAAACUUGCAUUCUGUACUUAAGCAUCGCUUCAUUAAAUCAUCAAAUACUUUAUAAGAAAUAAGGUCGUGCCUCUUUACAUUAUCUUCUUGUCAUUUGCACAUUAUUUAAAAUCGAAUGUCAAAUGAACAUGUGUAUUUUUAUUUUU